AUGAAGGCCGUGCUUUCCCUUGCCGUCCUCUGCGUCGUUCUCGCCGUCGCCGCUGCUGGUGGCUUCGGCGGCUACGGCCUCGGCGGCAGCGGUUUUGGUGGCUACGGUGGCUACGGCCUCGGUGGUCUCGGCGGCUACGGCGGCUACGGCCUCGGUGGUCUGGGCGGCUUCGGGCACGGCUUUGGUGGUCACUAUGGAGGAAGCUACGGAGGAAGCUACGGUGGAUCCUACGGCGGUCACUACGGCGGCCUAGGCGGCGGAUUCUUCGGCUAA